UCAAACCUCCAGGGAAAGGGAAAGGGGCAAAGCAGAACGCAGGUGAAAUCUUCAAAAGUGGGUGAUCAGCCGUUUCUGUAGCCCACUUCCUGCCUUCAACCCCCCAAGUCUUCUAGCCGGAGGAAGGUUCUAGGCCUGAUCAAACCCAGAGCCUCACACAUGUGAGACAACAGCUCUGCUGCUGAGCUUUAUCCUCAGCCUUGAUGGAUGGAUUUUAACAGAAGCCCUGCCUCUUAAUUUUUGGUUAUCAAAGUUUUGACUUUGUUGCAAAAGCAGAUCAAGAUUUCACUUUUCUUUGGUGACUAAGUGUGCAAACUGUGACUUAUGUCCGUCCAAGAAAUAAAUAAACAUGCAGUUCUUCCUCCUAUCAUUAGUAGAAGUGACAAGGAAUUUUUGGAAUGUAUGCAAAGAUACAUAAUUACUGAAAUUGAAAAAGUGGGCUGUAAUGAGGAAGGACCUGCUGAUGAAUAUUACAUCAUAUACCGAAAUGUUUUUAAUAAGGUAAUAGACUAUGUCACUGCAUACAAAUCCAUUCUUACUUCAAUCAAAAAAGAAUAUGAUACCUUUAUUGAGACACUAAAGAAAGACCGAAGAACUGCGUUUUUUCUUCAUGGAAAACUUAAAGUUUUGGCAGCAGAGCCCACAUCUUUGGUAUAUUACCAGAGAAGAAUUAUCCAACUUGAAGCAAAAAUUAGGAUUAUUGAAAAUAAUUCCUUGAAGAUUCAACUGCAAAUAGAUCAAAUGAGACAGCUUAAAGCAGAGUAUGACACAAAAGAAGCAAAAUACUAUAUUUUCUCCAAAGAUCCUUCAAAACCUAUUCCAGGCAUGACUCUCCAAGAUUCUGUCAAUCUAGUUGCUCUCAGGAAAUACAGGAAACACCUUGAAGAUAAAUACAGAGAAAUUAAGCAAGCUAUGUUGGUAAAAUAUGUACCAAUUCAAAGGAUGGCUGAUUUUGAUGAGGAAAUGAUUGUGUUAUUAAAACGGCGAGAUAUAGCUGAAAAUCUGAAUGAAAAAUUACAGUUUCGUCAUCAAAGACUGCAAAUUAUUUCAUAUGCACUUACUUCAUGGGUAAAAUCUGAUAUGAGCACCUCAUUUCAAGACUUCGUGGAAGAAAUUCAGAAAACCAAAGAUUUACAUGUAUUUACAGGUGACCAAGGCUUUGUUGAAGAACUGCUUGAAGAUGAUCCAGGCAGGACAAAAAAUGCUGAUGUUAUACUCUACUAUAUUGAAAGGUUCAAUGAAUUAAUCUCACUUGGUGAAUAUGAAAAGGCAGCUUAUUUUGCAGCAAACAGUCCUAGAAGGAUUCUUCAAAAUAUGGGUUCAGUGGAUAAAUUUAAGGCUGUUGGAAAAAUUAGAGGAAAAACUCUUCCAUUACUCUUAUUUUUUGAGGCUAUAUUUAGCACAAGCCAUGCCUUUAAACAUCCUGUUGAUGCAGAUCUAACCCUAGAAGGAAUCAAAUGUGGAUUAUCUGAAAAACGGUUGGAUUUAGUUAUCAACUGGGUCACCCAGGAAAAGCUGACAUUUUCAGAGAAGGCUGGGGAUGUGAUUUGUGAUUAUGGGGAACAAGAUACUUUUAACAAGUCUAAGUGCCUGGCUUUAGCUCAGAAUAUCUACAGUGACUGUGGCCUCCAUAAGAAAGCUCUUUUUUGCCUAUGUAAACAGGGUCAGAUCCAUGGGGCUGUGGAAUACAUACAUCAAUUCAAGGACUUUACUUCUGAUGACCUGAUAAAGCUAAUAACAUUAUGUCCUCAAACUGAACUAAUUCAAUGUCUCACUGAAGAAAAGAAUGGGAAACUACCAUUUUUAUCUUUUGGACUUGCCAUACUUCAUCUGUUCUCUGUGAAUAUGGAAAAAGUUGGCAUUAAACUACUUCAGGAAGUAAACAAAGGUGGGAAAGAUGCCGUAGAACGUCUUGUGAUAAGUGAUUCAUAUUGCUCCAUAGAAAAUUGGCAAAAAUUUGCAAAUAUAUGUUUUCAGAAUGGCUUUGACAAAUUAUCUAAUGACAUCAUGUCUAUUCUUCGAUCUCAGGCUGGAGUUUCUGAAAUUUCUGAAGAAGAUGAUACAAUCAAUUUAAUGGAACAUGUUUUUUGGUAGUUCUGUAUUUUAGCCAGUUGAGGGAGCUUGUACAACAUUUUGCAGGCAAACUAGUUUUGGCAUAACUAACUUACAAAUAAAUCUAGUGUAUGAAGCUCUGGAAGUAAAUCACACUUAUUUUGUUAUGAUUUCAAGUUGACUUCUUAAAAUCUUAAAAUUUAAAAUUUUAAAAUUUUUGAAUUUUUGAAUACUUGAUAUUUUUAGGAAAAAAAGUCUGAGGUCCUUUUUCUGUGCAAUGCAAGAAAAAGCAGGAUGAUAUUUCAAGGUUGACUCGUUGACAAAAAGAGUACAAUAAUUUUGUACUGCUGAUUUUAAGAUGUGUCCCAUGAUUUGGCAUAUAUAAAUAUGGCAAAGGUUAGGCUUCUACUAAAGUUGGGCAUCUUGAUAUGUUUCUUACUUAGAGGGAAGACCAGCCAAGGUUUGCACUUAAGUAGACCUGGGACACCUAUAGAAAUAGAAAAUGUGUCAUAAAAAGUGUUAUUUUAUGACUUUCAAAUAUGUAAAUAUUUGAAGUAUUUGAGAACUCAAGAGUUCUGUGCCUUGUACAGGUGUGAAAGUCAAAAUCGUUAAUGAUCGGUAUGAUAGGGGCACCAGUCAAGCAGAUCAGACAUUCAACUAAUCAGAGUAGCUUUCUGUCCUGUCACAUCAGAACAUAACAGUUGAAUGUCAGCCUUGACCACGGGAUAUGGUAAAAAUUAGCUGAUAUUACAUAGAAUAAGAACAAAAAAUCAUAAAUUUUUUUCCUCCUAAAUUUUUUUAUUUCACAAUGGAAAGAAUGUGAACUUGGAGUCAGUCUUAUAUUAAAAUUCUGAAACUAUGUCUUACUCAUUUGUAAAAUAUGCCUGAUCUAGGUUUGUUAUGAGAAUUAGUGAUAAUUUGUAUGUAUAGUAUAAGUAUAUAACAUAAUGGAGAAAUUUAGUAGAAGAUGGCUAUCAUUUCUAUGUAGUAGGCCCCAGAAGCACAUAUUUUGUUUAAUAAAUACUUAAUUAAUCCCACA